UACACUUGACUUUGUUUGAUGUCUGAGGCAGUACAUUUUCUUUUUCUGAGAGAACAGUCAGCAAAAUGGAUGUUUGCCGAAAAUUGGUUGUUUUUCAGUUGUUGUUUACCUUUUUCAAAGUGGCAGCUUGCUCUGAUGUGUCCAUUAUUGGAGGCAAAAAAGUCAAAAAACAAGCACCAUGGAUGGUGUCCAUUCAGAAGGACCAGCGCCAUACAUGUGGGGGAAUCCUGAUUCAAGACCAAUGGGUUUUGACUGCUGCGCAUUGCAAGAGCGAACCUAAAGAAUCUGUGACAGUUCUGAUGGGAACCCUUUCGCUAAAAAAAUUAAAACAUGGCGCUCAGCGUGUCGGCAUCCUCAGUUAUGAGCACCCUAAAAAAUUCAGUUUAAAAACUAAACAAGAUGACAUCAUGCUCAUUAAGCUAAACAAAAAGGUGAAAGUGAAACCAAAGAAAAUCCCUAUAAAGGAACAAGAUGUCCCACCUGGAACUAAAUGUGUUGUGACAGGUUGGGGGAUUACUGAUUCAAAAGUAAUGAAACCUUCUGACAAUCUGCAAAUGUUAGAGGUGUCAGUCAUAGACAGGGACCUGUGCAACUGUUACUACAACCAUGAUCCUCUGAUCACGAAAGAUAUGCUGUGCGCAGGAAACAAGCUUGAAAAGAGAGGCGUUUGUUUGGGAGAUUCAGGUGGACCACUGGAAUGUAAGAAAAACAUUGUUGGAUUGGUCUCAGGGUCAAGAGGAUGUGGGGAUCUCAAGAAACCAACUGUGUACACGUUUCUCUCUACGAGUCACAUCUUAUGGAUCAACAGCAUACUCAAAAAGCAAUUCAACAGCACAACAUUUUAGGAAUGUAGAAAUAACAAUUCAUC